AUGGUUCCACUCACUCUCUUUACGCUGCUUCUCUCUGUUCUCCCUUAUUAUGUUCUCGCAACCCCUCUGACCGCGAGCAACCGCCUCGAUCGUCGCGGUGGACUCGUCCCCACCGUCUCAUCCACAGCUGUUCCUCUUUCUCCUUCCGGUGGUGGCACGUACCCUCGUCUGACCACCGUCGACGGCAACAUCCUCGCCGCUUAUACCUAUACCUCUGGUGCCGACCACAUCCUCGAGAUCUCUCGUUCGACUGAUGGCGGCGUAUCUUUCCAAGCUCUCGGGAGCGUGGCCGAGUCACCCGCGGCCACCACCGACUUGGAUAACCCGGUGUUGGUUGAACUGAGCAACGGGAACGUCCUUUGUGCCUUUAGGAACCAUGAUAAAACUGGGACUACAUACAACUAUUACAGGAUCACGGUUUCUGUGUCGACGGACGGUGGGGCGACUUGGUCGUUCUUGAGCCAGGCGAACGAGAGAGCUGCUACGACCACGAAAAAUGGACUUUGGGAACCCUUUAUGCGCAUUUCUGAAAGCGAUGCCCUGCAGAUCUAUUACGCCUCGGAAAAUUCUGACGACGAUCAAGAUAUCCUCAUGCAGACUUCGACUGACAACGGAGCGACCUGGUCCACCCCUGCUACUGUUUCUGGCGCGACCACCACUGGACGUGACGGAAUGCCGGGCGUGGCAGAAUUCAGUGUCGAUGGCGCAAACCACCUCGUCUGUGUGUUCGAGACCACUGAGGGAACAGGAACGUUCACGGUGAAGAGUGUGUAUUCGAGUGAUGAUGGUGCGACAUGGAACACUAGGACACAAGUGUACAUCCCGACGGGAACGAGUAACAACGCUGGCGCUCCCCAGGUGGUAACUAAGAUGGAUGGAGAUUUGGUGGUUUCAUUCAUGACUGACGAGGACACCUCUGCACACACUUGGACCAGCGGUGCAGACUUCAAGAUUCUGACCUCCGCACCCUCCGUCCCUUUGUCUUGGGGCCAGAAGACCACAGUCACAGGCGUCCAGUCCAACUGGCCGGGUUUGUACGCUAUCCCUGCUGGAGGUGUUCUUGGAUGCACCGACUUUAAUGGUGCCGUCUGUCACCGCAUUGAUUUCUCGGAUGCCUGAGUGAUGUUGUCUCGUUACUGUGAGAUAGUGUUCUGCCUUUGUUAUUUAUUCAUACACUACGUGGACAAUAUAUAUACC